UUUCAAAUGUCGAACACUUUACAGCAUUAGAAAGCAGAACGGAGUUCUUAUCUUGAUUCUUAUCGCCUAGUUUAUUUUACGAUUAAUACAUUACAGUGCUAUUUGUUUUGGACAAAUUGUCCGAGCAGCCUGCCUUUCCCGUGCAAAAAGAAGAGCAACUUAAGAAGCCCUAGAACAUUUCUAGCUGUCGACAAUGGCUGUGGAAUCCUUCUCAUGGAAUAGCGUGAACGUCUUGGGCGACGACGGUCUCUUUCGUUACGGACGCGUGGUGGAUGUGGCGGACCAGGGUCUUUACAUCGAUUUUCUCUGCCCCAAUCGCCGACGGGAAUUCGCCGCUUUUGAUCGUGUUUUCCUUCUGGACGACCGCCGAUACUGGUACAGCAGCGAUAUGGUUAAGGAAUAUCCCACGCCUGAAUUGCCCACACAAGUCCUGAUGCGCGAGGCGUCCGGUGCCUGGACGUGGUUCCCCGCGGAGUUACUCAUUCCGGCCCGUGAUAUCGCGCUCGCCCACUACAGCACGGCUGUCGUUUAUCGCGGGGAACCGCGGGAAUAUGCGGAUGUUGUUCCCAUGGCGCGUAUCCGCUGGAAGGCGCCCACGGAUGGGCGGAGACCUCCUCCGACAGCUUUGCCACGAGUUGGGAAAUGGACCUUUGUGAAGCGCAGUGUUAAACUGCCGGAUGGAUCUCCGACGGAAUUAGUGAAGGCAGCGGUGAAAGACCGUAAAAAUGCGGUCUUAAUGAAUUACUACUUCGACUGGUUUGCUGUCAAAACUGUGGGAGUGGCGGUUGUGGACGGCUGUGUGGAGUACAUUCAACGUCGUUCCUGUGCUGUAACGGGACCCGACGGUAUUCAUCCGGCAAAAGAGCUGAAAAUUGUAAAGCGCUUUCAUGACGUACUACUGAAUUCCGUUUCACUGAUGCCACAACCGCAAGCUCGGAUUUCAAUAUCAGAGGAAGCAGACGCUGGAGUCGAUGUACUGUCAACGGACGUGUGGGAGGAAGUCUUCUCACAUCAGGACAUUAUGACACAAGCCAAAAUGCGCCGCGUGUGCGCAACAUGGAACGCCAUUCUGGAUUCGGCUUCUUUGAUGGCGAAUUUUGUCCUCGACAGCGCGGCAUUGACCGAGGCAGACGUGUAUGGAGACAUUAAGCCGGUGUAUUUUCUGAUCUCUGCGCUCUUCAAGAACCUGAAUUCCUCAACGCAGCACGUGGUGGUGGCUGACCGCGGACGGUGGAUGAGAGAAAGGGACAUUGUGGAAGUGUGCAACACCGUGAAUUUCAUUGUUCAGCGCAGUGCCGGCAUCAUGUUGAAGAUCGUUCAUUUGUUCGGGUUGAAUUUCCGUUUGUUGGUUUCUUCGUAUGACGACCAUCUGAAAUCGCAGUGUAAACCGCAUCAGGUUCCCGUUUCCGACGACACUUCUGGCGCAUCGACUUCCAUCAUGGCAUGCCGUAGUCUGCCGUGUGAGAAUAUCCAACUGGUACACUGCACUGCCACUUUUGAGUGCGUCAUCUCCACCCGGUAUCAUCGCCCGGAUCCGUUGAAGCUGUCGGCCGCGUUCUCAGUGUAUCGUCAACGUCUUACCGGCGAUUUUCGCGGUGCGCUGUGGAGCGCCAUGGAAGCGGAACGUGCGGAGUUGAGUGACGAGCAAAUGCAUCGCCUGUCUGGGUGGUUGACAGGACUUCAAGCACGCGUUCAGUUAACGAAGCAGGCAAGACGAUAUCUGGCCAUGGUCCGCAAGACCCUGUGUGCGACGCAGACGGCGGAUCCACGUCCAUCGCUGCAUUACCGCGGGAAGGAGUGGUGUGUGGACGGCCUGCAGGGUUUGGAAGUGGAGAAUUUGUCGCGUUUGGGGCAGGAUUUCCUCACCCAACUGAUGAGUGUAUUGCCUGACUGUUUCUUGUCUCCAUAGUGCUGAAUCCCGUAGCAGUUUGGUUAGAUUCAUCAUGAAAUUAAUUGUUAACAAUUGCUACAUUUUAUUCUUUUGUUGCCGAUGUGUGAAACUGAAAUUCUGGGAUCAAUCUAUGCGGUGUGUGGCGGAAAUUAAUAUAGCUCCUCUGGAUAAAUUUUAUUUAAUGUUGCUAAUUGUUUUGUAAUCGUUUUUGUUUUGCCCACAGUUUGUUAACGUCUGAAGGAUACGUAAGCAGUUGUGUUUUUACGCCCAUUUUCAAAUUGCAUUGCUUUUUUUCUUAUCAAUUGCUGCUAAAAUCAAUUGUUUUUAUUUUUUCGCAUUAAAGUCUGGUCG